CCGGUGAUUCCAUCACAAUCGACCCAUCAAUCGAAAAAUCCAUUCUCCGGAAACUAGACUUCAAGUAUGUGACUGCUUCAUUUUCCAAGCAUAUCAGACAAAUGAAAAUCAUUGACACGUUUCAGGCUACUACCGGUCGUCUCGUUCAUGUAUUUCUUCAACUCCCUUGACCGAAGCAAUCUAGGAAACGCAAAAACAGACGGUCUAGAUACAGACUUGCAUCUUCGCGGAAACCAGUAUAGCAUCAUUCUUGCGGUUUUCAAUGUCACGUUUUGUCUUUUUGAUCUUCCGUCAAACCUCCUGCUUAAGAGGUAUAGUGGGAAGAUCAUGCUUCCGGGGAUGAUGUUGGGAUGGGGAUCAAUCACAUUAAUCCAAUGCGCUGUCCAUAACUUUGCCGGCCUCCUGAUCUGUCGGCUCAUGAUGGGUUGUUUCGAAGCUGGAUUCAUGGCGGGAACAAUCUUCUACCUAACCCAAUUCUAUAAACGCAACGAGAUCGCCUUCCGCCUCUCCAUUUUCUACGGCACCGUAACCAUCGCCGGUGCUUUCUCCGGCCUCAUCUCCUUCGGCGUCUUCCAACUAAAAUACAACCACCUGCACGGCUGGCAAUACCUCUUCCUCAUCGAAGGUGGGUGCACACUUCUCGUCGCCUCGUUUGCGAUAUGGCACCUCCCAAAAAGCGGCUCACAUUGUCACUGGUUUAAUGAACUCGAAGCACGGACUGCGCAGCUGAGAUUGUUGCAGGAUGGGUCUGUACGGACGGGGGAUAAGUUGAAUAUCCGUGAUGCGCUGUCUGCGCUGCUGGACUGGCGGAUUUUGGUCUGGGCUGUGGCUUGUUUUUGUUAUGGGAUUGGGCAGUCGUCUGUUAGUAAUUUUCUGCCGCAGAUGGUUGCGUUGUUGGGGUUUUCGACUGUUAAGACGAAUCUGUAUACGGUUGCGCCUUAUGCCGUGGGAACGGUUGUGCUGUGGUUGCUAUGUUGGUCGUCUGACCGUUUCCGGGAACGGUCGUGUCAUCUCGCCGGCUCGUUGAUGAUAACUUUCGUCGGGUACAUUAUUCUCAUCGCCAUUGACGCGGAAAAGCACCAAGCAGUGGCGUAUUUUGGGUGCUUUUUGCUAUGCUGCGGUGCGUUUGCGCCGACUGCGCUGUUUCACAGUUGGCAUACGAAUAACGUACCCGUUGAGAGUUCACGAGCAGCGAUUGUGGGGUUGAUGGCUGGGUCUGCGAAUUGCGCUGGUAUCCCCUCGAGUUUCGCAUUCGAUGAUCGCACAGCACCGAAAUACUUGCCCGCGUUGGUCGUUAACUGCAUCUUCCUUGUGACCGGCGUGGUUGUGAUUCUGGGUCUCGGGAUGUGGUUUCGGUACGAUAAUCAUCGGAGAAAUAAACUGCAGGGGCUUCGACUUACAGCUGCGGACGUCCCGACGGAGAGCCUUGUGGAGGGAUGGAAGGAUCCUAGUUGGAGGUGGACUGUUUAG